AUGUCGUCAGAUUUUACGAGUGCUGCUGAUAAAGAAGAGUCGAGGAUCGAGAAACCUGUUACGGUUCGUGCUCCCGAUGAGUACCCCCAUAGUCAUCACAGAGUUAUGGCGAUGGCCGACUUGGUUUCUGAUCCUUCGUACUCUCCUUCCGCCCAUCUAUACACAGAUCCAUCUGGACGUCCGUACUGGCAACACCCUCUGUUGACCCCAAUGACUUCCACUUCACCUCAAGACUACGGUCGACACAAUGACUCCAAUCCAUCUGUAUCUGCUGGCGUGGAAGAGUCUUCAGUCCGUGGCAAUGAGAACGUGUAUAAUGAAGAUGUGACCGAAAAAGACGAGACUCAUAACGGCAAUGAUCGUGAUGAGUACGGCUCAUCACCUACAAAUGGUGGUAACAAGAAGGGUAAGACUCAAAAGAAGGGAACCGAGCCCGACACAGAGGAUAAGGCAGAGCCCCAACAGCCCAAACUUAUCCAUAUGUGUCAAUACACGAAUCCUGAAAGCAACAUCUGGGAAACAUGCACUGUGAACCCCGACCCUCAAGAGAACCACGCUCGCAAAGUCGUGUCACACAUCUUUGGACGUAAUAAGAAGCCUACGCAGAACAUCCCAGAUGAGUUGUGGAUUUGGUACUGCCGCAAGCACUACCAGCGUUGCAAGUAUACCUACUCUGAACAGUGGCCUCAAAAGCAGGUCGAUCUUGUGCGACUUGCACUGAACAAUUUUGAGCACUGGGGAGAAAUCCUCUACUGGAAUGUUGUGCUACGCAAGCGUGAACAGGAUCGUCAAGCACGCUUUCGUCGUGGUGCUAGCGUGAAGGAAGACAAUAGCGAUGACUUAUUUUCAUUUGGAACAUCCUCGCAUCGUCAUACCUCGAGAAUAGCUCGCAACUGGGGUGAUAAGGUUCCACGAUCGCACAAGGCGCGCGUCACUGCUGCUGCUACGGCUGGUCGAGCACUGAGCCCUGAUUCUAUGUCUAGCUCACGCAACGUAAACACAAGGCUCACCCCUACAGGUCGUCGAAAGGCAUCGCCAAAGAAUGUUCCCUGUCCGGUACCAGAGUUUGUCUAUCCAUACCUAGGUGAAGGUAGGAGCUUUGCCGACGUACGAGAUUUGAUCGAUCGGAUUGAGUCUUAUGUCCAGGGUAGAGACAAAACCCCUGAGGAGUUAGCACGUGAGAUAGAGGAGGAAGAGCUGUAUGGGAGGGCUCCAGAAGUUAGGCGAUUCCCAGAUAUUGAGAUUCUGCCUGUAUUCACACCGCAAUACCAGCGUGUUAUAGACAAGAAGGACGAAGAAGAUAAACGUGGAAAGAAGACCCACAGCAUCCGCGCUACGGAUGUUAGUAUCAGCCAGUCUUCCUCCAAGACCUCAAGGAUUCUCAGGACUCCUGUUAAUAGCAAUGUCUAUAGGGAUGCUGGGCAUGAUUAUCAUUAUCAAGUUUCUGCCGUUGCUCCUUCUGGCCAGCAGCAGCAACAACAACAACAACAACAACAUUCAUACCUUCAGCUUCCCCCUUUGGCUCAUGUUGUUACAGCUAAUCCUCAACUCCACCUUCCACCUCUUAUGGCACAACAUUCCACCACGUCUUAUUCAACCUCAUAUCGUGACUACACAUCCUAUAACAACCAACAACAAUACUAUGGUCGGCUGUAUGAGUAG